AUGGAUAUCCAGAAGGAUCUUGUGGAACUAUACACCACUGUUUUCUCCUACCCGGCUAUUGAUAACCAUGCGCACGCUUUCUUGAAACGCGAGUACCGUCACGAAAUUCCGUUUGAAGGUAUCAUUUCCGAAGCGAACGGCUCCGCUCUGCUCGAGGACGCGCCUCAAACUUUGGCAUGCUACCGCGCCGCUGCGCAGCUCGGCAAGCUAUUUAAUCUCUCUGACGGGGCGGACUGGGAAGAGGUCAAGCGUGAGCGGAGUCAGAUGGACUAUUUGGAGCUGUGCCGGCUCUGUAUGACUCCGACGAAGAUACAGUGCAUCCUGAUCGACGACGGGCUCGGCAUCCCUGACAUCGUCUACGACUACAAGUGGCAUGACCAGUUCACCACCAGCCCCACCAAACGGAUCGUCCGCGUUGAGGUCGUGGCGCAGGAUAUUCUUAAAGACCUCAUGGAUACGCACCUCAGUACGGGAACGUUGGCGCCCUUGAACCUCUUCGACGCGUUCGUUGCGACGUUGACGACGGCGAUCACUGCAGCCGCUCAGGAUCCCGAGGUUGCCGGAUUCAAGUCAAUCGCGUGCUACAGGACCGGCCUCGACAUCACGCUCACACAGACCACGCCAGAGCUCGAGCAGUCGAUCACUGGGAUCGCAUUGCAGUACUCUACGAGCAAGAAACUACGCCUCGCCCACAAGGCCUUGAAUGACUUUGUCGUGAACACAACUUUGCGCGUUGCUGGACAAUACGGGAAACCUGUGCAAUUCCACACCGGGCUAGGCGACAACGACAUCUCGCUCACGCACUCUACGCCUGCGCUUAUGCAGCCGAUCAUUAAGGCCUAUCCUAACACCAAGUUCGUGCUAUUGCACUCCAGCUAUCCAUAUACCCAGGAAGCCGGGUACCUUACCGCGGUGUACCGGAAUGUGUACUUGGACUUCGGCGAGAUCUUUCCGUUCUUGAGUGCAGAUGGCCAGCGAGACGUCGUGAAGCAGGUGCUAGAGCUUGCCCCGGUAAACAAGAUCAUGUGGUCAACGGACGGCCAUUUCUGGCCCGACUCGUACUAUCUCGGUACGUUGCAGGCCAGAGAAGCCGUAUAUGAGGUACUGGGGGCGUCAGUCCGUCGCGGAGAUCUGACGUUGGCGCAGGCAAUCAAAAUCGCGAAAGGGGCUUUUUUCGACAAUGCAAACCAGAUCUACAACCUGGGCCUGGUGCCGCAUGUUGCAUAG